UGCUCAGCGCCAUCGCAACACUCCGGGGCUUCCUCGCGGAUGCGGGCGUGGUGGAGGGCGCUUCGACAGUUCUAAGCGGAGCGGGCCAUGAAUGGCAUGUCGUCACAGCAUCGGCCUCGAACGGCAGUUCAACUUUGCCCUGACGGACGGCAGUUCAGUGGUGGUGGCGCGCUACUGCGACAAGGCUCCCGACAUCCCGCCACCCUCUCUCUACUACGCGUUUGCGUCAUCGCACCAGCUUCAGCUGCAACUGAGCCAGGUCCCGCACGGGCAGCUCACUCCGGGGCACGGCGCCACCGGGCUGAACCGCUUGUGUGCCGAGGGCGGCGAGGCGCCACAGAACCCAGGGCACGGCUCAACUUUUGGCUGCACCUGCCCAAAGUGCCGCAAGCUCGAGCAGACUGUAGAGGGCGGCGCCUUCAUCUGUGCGUCUGAGCCACUCACCACCAAUACAAGCGAGUGGUUCUUGAUGAAGGAGAACUCGAUGAUCUCAUUCACGGCGGGAACGCCUAGCGCGGACGACGAAUCCGAGGCUGAGGAGUGCUCGCGGCUCAAGGCGAUGCGUCUAGACCAGGCUGCCUUCUCCAAGGCCGUCUCUACCAAGGCUGCACGUAACCCCACCGUCACGACCUCGCCAGCGGUGCCGGCACAGAGCCCGAAGCGAAGGAGCAGUUGGGAAGCGCUAAGGUCCUUCGUCGACGAGCAGGGAGCCAGGCCGGGGCCGGAGGCGGAGGCGGAGGCGCGCGCGCGCGAAGACCCGAAGUCCAACCUAGACGUCGUCAGCCUCGACUAGCGCCUCGCGCCGCGCUGCACGACGGUCUCCGACGAGGCGUUUCACUCCCGAUGCAUGUGUUCGUCUUGAUACGCUAACUACUCCAACAUUGUCGUGCGUCUCUCUCUCUCUCUCUCUCUCUCUCUCUCUCUCUCUCUCUCUCUCUCUCUCUCUCUCUCUCUCUCUCUCUCUGACAACUGCGAUGCGCUUCGCCGAGACCUCGAUAGAGUAGUGCUGAAGGCGCUCUUUUUGAACGAACAAAAAUGUUCCCCUU